UAAACACACAAUAUAGCAGAAUAGAAUAAAUACAACUGAGCAUGAAUGCAGUAAAACAUAACAGGAAAGUCUUAUUAAAAAUAAUACUAAGCUUCCUCAAGGGGGGAUUUAGAAGUAGUUCACACUGACAUACAUGAAAUCACUACUUACUACUUACAGUACUUAUUAAUGUAAUUUGUAUUUAUUUUACUGCCCAGUUAAAUAGCUUUUUAAAUGUAAUUUUCUCAGUUGCCAAAGACUUCAUUGAAGUCUUGAAGUAAAUGUUACCAGUCACAGUAUUUGUAUCACGGCUAUCACUAUCAAUUAUACAAAUAAUCGUCUAACUUGGCUAUUAUUUUGAUAUUUAUUUGAGUGAUUUUUAAAAAGGCCAAACAAUUCAAAUGAACUACAGCUGUAUUUCUUCCUGAGCAAUCAGAAACUGUUCAUAGCUUUUCAAAACACGUCACUGGAAAGAGAUAACACCUUUUCAAAGACAUCAUUGAAAAAACAUGAAAAGCACAAUGUGGUUAAAAAUGCUUACAAAAGGAUGUUCAUGAUAUGCAUUAUCAUCAUUGCUGAUUCGUUGAGGUUAAGAUUUUUAAAUCAAGUUUAGUUCAAUAAUCAUGACAGAUGACAGUGUUAAUAAGUACAAUCACAGACCUACUAUGCUGCUAAAGAAAUUCAUUCAGACAGUGGAAAUUAUGAGGUAAGACUGGAAUGUUCAUUAGCAAAUUAACCGUGCAAGUCAAAGAUCUGGUCAAAGUUUCAAUGAGAGGAAGUGCAAAACGCUUAAAAAAGCAGUCCUUAAACCUGUAUUUUCAGCCCAUCACUCAGCUCCACAAAUGUGCUUCCUCAUUUCGCUCUGUUGAAUCGUCUCGGCUCCAGUGACACUCGAGUGACUCUUCUCUCUUGGACAAGAGGAGCCGAUAUGAAGCUUUUCUUCUUUUUCGUUUUCUUUUUCAAGAACGGUAUAAACCUGAUGAAAGCACAGCUAACUGCAGAGGUGUCAGGAGAAGUGAAUAUACACUUUAUGUUUGAUCCAUACUUCAAUUACUUCAAGAAGUCUUGCUGUAAGUUCACUCAGUUUAGGUGCUUAUUCAUUGUGGACAACAACGGAUAUGCAGAUGCAGCUUACAGAGGAAGAAUAAAGACCCAUGAAUACAGUGGAGCUCUGGAUGUAAGGAUCAGGAAUUUGCAAGCAAGCGAUGCUGGAAUAUACAGAUGCAAGAUCCAUGGGAUACAAAACUACAUCAUUUAUAAAGAUUUUCAAGUUGAUAUAGUUGACAGAAAACCUAGGCUGGACCCAGUGCUGCUCUUUCCCAAAUCUACCAUUUCAACUGUCACCUCACUGAACCAAAUCUCAGGGAAACACCAAGAACCACCCAGUCUAAUCAGUGAUUCAUGGAGCUUGAAACACACGCUGGGAACAGUGUUUGGCAUCGUGAUCAUCCUCAUUAUCACAGUCAUACUCGGAGUGGCCUACCACAAAAAGAAAGCAAAAGACCUAGAAUACGGCACGUCUUCUUUUUCCUCGGAUAAAUGUGGAAGAAGCCUCAGCAGUGCGCCUGACAUCAUCCCACCACCACAGGAGCUCAACAGCAUCAUCUACACUACUGUGGAUUUCAAGCCCCAUGAAGAAACAUCUCAACUGUAUGCCAACUUGUGCCUCCACAACUCAAAAAGUGCACUGAAGUCACAGGAGAACGUGGAGUACUCUACCAUAGCUGUCCACUGUCAUGACCAAAAACAAUAUCAGUUUAAUAUCUAAUAUUUGAUUUUUAAAAUGUUGAAGAAAUGCUCUUUUUUGUUGCAAGGGCUAAAUUAUGUUUGAGCCAAGAAAAAUGGUUGGGGGGGUUCUGUGUAUGAAAACA